AUCUGAAAUACACGUAGGAAACGUUAUUGUUUCAUUCGUGACCCAUUAUUGUUCCACAACCCAGGACUCUCUGUUUGGCCUCAGACGAGGCUCCUCCAUCCAUCAACAGCUGCUCUGCAGCCCGUGUCCCACCAGCAUUACCUCACUUGGUUGCUCAGUGUUUUUUUUAAGAGCUGAUAGACUAUUAUAUAUUUUUUUUAGCAUUUAUCAAUCCUUUCCAGCACGGAAGUGGAAAAAGAAAACAACCUUUCCUAUUGUCUUUUCGUGCACCUGGUGGUCUCCAGAGCAGAAGGCUGGGAGAGCAGGACCCGACAAACAAAUCCUCCCCUUCUCACUCUGCAGAAGUGGCUGCUGAAUUGUCUCUGGCGAUUCCCGGAGGCAAAGAUGGGCCGCGGCUCUGCCCUCUGGAGCAGGAAAACCCCAUUUCCUACGGUCCAGACUCCUGUCUGCUGCCUGUUCCAUCUGCACAGCCACAAACUGCGGUUUAAACUUGGGAGAGCUCUGAGCUCCCCGACAACGUAUUGUUGCUUUUGCCCGUUUGCAAGGCUUGCUCGGCCUCCUGCACCCAGCGCGUUGCAAAUGCAGGUUUAUGGCACCAAAACUGGGCUGUGCUUUCCCCGUGGGCACAGCUCACGGCCCCAGCGCUGUGGUGAGACUGGGAAUAACUGGGAAUGGGGUGUCCCCGAGCAGGAUGUCACCCCAGGGCUGCUGCCUGCCCGUCCUGCUCGGGCUCCCCUUGAUCCGCAGAUGUCCCGGGUCCCUCUGCAGCCCCCGCUGCUCGUUCUGUCCCCACCACAGCGGGGACAAAACCAGACGGACCCAACCUGGGACCCUGUGCUGGUGCAGUUUUGCCGCCCGCAAAUUUCGUCCUCUCAUGAGAAACAGGCGGAGGAUUUCAGUGGGCUGUAAUUAAAGCCAGAAGUGUUUCCAUAGGAGCUUUUUGAUGAGACCAAGGGACGGGGCGGGGGGAGAUGCUCCGCAGAGCACAGAUGGGGCUCGGGGGCUGCUCUCCUUUAAAGUCCCGUCUGAGCAAGAUCUGAUGAGAAAUCAAAGCUGCAGCUCUUGUGGGGUCAGCGCGAUUUCAAGACAUAAAAAGCGGCGCUUAUUUAGUGCCAGAGCCUGACUUUGCAUCAGCUCCCAGCAGAAGCAGCUGCAGCGGGGCUGCUGUUUCCCUGCCUGUUCCCUUGGUUAGUGGGGACCCUGGGGUGGCCGCACUGUCACCGUCUCUAUGUGACGCCCUCUCCGCGCUCCCCCUGCAGUGUCGGCCUCGCAGCGGGACACAGUGGCCCAGGCUGACGUGUCCUGCACCCACGGUUUUGCUGGGGAAGGGGAUGUGGUCACUGUGGUGCUGAACGUGCUCCCGCACAGCCCCAGCGCGUCUCCCAGCGCCGAGGACGAACCAGCCACUUGCCAUUUCUGGCUCCCAGGGAGCAAUGACAGUCACCAACUGUUCUUGUUUUUCAAGCUCUUUUUUCGCUCUGUCCUUCCCUAAAUCCCCUUCCAGCCUCCAUGUGUUUCUCUGGAGAUGAAAGCACGGGGCCUCCUUUUCUCCCAGACGCCUGGAUUCUGCCUGGGGGUGCUCCUGCAGUCUGGGACUGAUUUAUACCAGUAAACCCUGCACGAUGCCUCCCAUCACGUUCCAGGAUCUGCCACUGAACAUCUACAUGGUCAUUUUCGGCACCGGCAUCUUCGUCUUUGUGCUCAGCCUCAUCUUCUGCUGCUACUUCAUCAGCAAACUGCGGCACCAGGCUCAGAGCGAGAGGUUCGGGUACAAGGAGGUGGUUCUGAAGGGUGAUGCCCGGAGGCUGAAUGUGCAUGGGCAGACCUGUGCUGUCUGCCUGGAAGAUUUCAAGGUGAAGGAGGAGCUGGGGGUGCUGCCGUGCCAGCACGCCUUCCACAGAAAGUGCCUGGUGAAGUGGCUGGAGGUUCGCUGUGUCUGCCCCAUGUGCAACAAGCCCAUGGCAGGGCCGGCGCAGCCCCGCGCGGGCAUCGGGACCCUCCUGGACGAGCUGGUGUGAGCUCCUGGCCGGCCAGAGCCCACGGGGACGGCGGCGGGACCGCGGCUCCGGGGCUGCCCACGCACCGCGUCACCCGGCCCCACGUCCCGGGGGAUCAGACGCGUCGUCUCUAAGGAUUCGGGAUCUGCGGGUUGGGAUUUUUAACUCGCGGGUUGUCGCUUUGUUUUUGGGGGUUUGGUUGGGUUUUGUACGUCGCUCCGUGGGGACCCCACGGGAGCCUGGGGACAGCUGGACACGGCGGGGGCUGCGUGUCCCCCCCGCUCCCUCCUCCCCCUUUGCCACACAGAGUAUUUUUGUACGUUAUCCCCCCCGGACUCUCAGCCCCCCGCAGGGGGACACACACACAGUUUUCUGCAAAAUAACGAUUAAACGGACAAUUUCUCA